AUGUCGGGAGACAUGUGGAGGUGGACCUGCAUUGGCUUGCAUCUUGUGUUCUGCACGGUGGGGCCGUCUUCGGCCGCUAGGCAGCUGCCCUCUCACCCAAAGAAAUCUUUCCUGACCUUCUCCUCAGAAGCCGCCGAGAUCUCCUUCAAUCACUUGGUGGUUGACAAAAGGAAAGGAUCGAUUUACUUGGGGGCUAUCAACUGGAUCUACAAGCUCUCCGGCGAGCUGGGGGUAGAGGCUCGUCACGAGACGGGUCCGGAUAUCGAUAACCCCAAAUGUUAUCCUCCCAAGAUAGUCCAGCCUUGCAACGAGCCGUUGGUAUCCACCAACAACAUCAACAAGAUGCUACUAAUUGACUACAAAGAGAACAGGUUGAUCGCCUGCGGCAGUUUGUAUCAGGGGAUCUGUAAACUCUUGAGGUUGGACGACCUGUUCAAACUGGGGGAGCCCUUCCACAACAAGGAGCACUACCUCUCAGGGGUGAACGAGAGCGGGUCGGUGUAUGGCGUCAUCGUUUCUUACAACAACAUGGACGACAAGUUGUUCAUUGCCACGGCGGUGGACGGGAAGCCCGAAUACUUCCCCACCAUCUCCAGCCGGAAGCUGCCCAAAAACUCGGAAGCGGAAGGCAUGUUUGCCUACGUUUUCCAUGACGAGUUUGUGGCGUCCAUGAUCAAGAUCCCGUCGGACACGUUCACCAUCAUCCCAGACUUUGAUAUUUACUACAUCUACGGCUUCAGCAGUGGCAACUUUGUCUAUUUCUUGACCCUUCAGCCGGAGAUGAUUUCUCCGUCGGGUUCCACCACCAAGGAGCAGGUCUACACCUCGAAGCUGGUCCGCCUCUGUAAAGAAGACACGGCCUUCAACUCGUACGUCGAGCUGCCCAUUGGCUGCGAAAAGAACGGGGUGGAGUACCGGUUGUUGCAGGCCGCCUAUUUAUCGAAGCUGUUAACCAUCGAUGACAAUUUCUGCGGCCUGGAUAUGAACGCCCCCCUUGGAGUAUCCGAGAUGGUACGAGGACUGCCCAUCUUCACAGAAGCCCAGGACAGAAUGACCUCGGUCAUCGCUUACGUCUACAAGAACCAUUCGUUGGCCUUUGUGGGAACCAAGAGUGGCAAGCUAAAGAAG